AUGCACGACUUACUAGGAGAUUCACCAGACACCCCACCGAGGGAUAGUCCUAGCUUCUUUGACAUCACUUCAAACCUGCGGGUGGAUAUAGAGGAGACUGCUCGGCAAGGACAAUUCGACAUCCUCCGAGGAGUAGCAUAUAACCGAGCAUGGAUUAUUGGUCAAAGAUAUUGCCGGUCUCAGAAUUCCAUUGAUUACUGCGAGCAGCAUCUGCAUGACCUGUGGUAUACCUAUCACCAUUGGAGCAAGCAUCUCUCCCAUGAGAGCCCCGAGCAAGAUAAGUUGGUCCUCAACAUCCUCCGUCUUCGGGGGCGAGGUCCUCUCACCAGGCCAGCGCCGGGCGGCUGUGGCGUUGAUCUUGCUAGAACGCCCGACGGUACUGUCUGGAACGACCUACCGUUUCUCGCUACGGACAUGACCGAUUUCUGGCUAAACGAGUGCGCGCAAAUGGACGCCAACCAACGCCUCAAUGUUUCAUCCUUCCUGGCUAAGCUUGCCUCGACGCGCAUGGUGAAAGAUCGGCUUUGCCAGAUUGCUUUGAUCCUUUUCCGUGACACUUUUGAGUCCAUGCAGAGUCUGGGCAGCCUGGACGACCCCGAUAACGAAGAUCAUCACCGAACAGUGCAUACGCUUACUAUUGCCGCGUUACUCCCCUCUGCGUGUGCCUGGCUCCGAGAGGCUGGACAUAACAUCAUACUUUUAACAGAUGUAUCGUGGAAUGAUUGCUCUAGCAGUCUUUACGGGACAGGUGGCGGAAGGUUUGUCAGGUCAGAGCUAGGUCGGCGAGCACCAGGUGGAUUUGGUCCCUGGAGGUGGCUGUAUUGGUUUAAGCGACUACAUGAGAUCGCCGAAGAAGCGGCAAAAGCUGAUGAGAAGCGCCUUGCAGAGUAUGCGACAAAAACCAUUGACGUUAUGAUCAGUCAUGUUAAACAGAGGAACUCUCGGAUUCUCGAAGUGUUUGAGGCUGAGGUAGACACUUUGCAACAGGAUAAAGAUUUUGAGGGUCUGAAGGGGCAGUUCUAA